GGGAGGCGGGGGAGGUGUGGAGAUGGCGCUCUGCAGCCGGGUAGAGGGAGGGAACCGGCGCCGGGGACAUGAAACCGCAGAGGCCGGGCGAGUUGGAGAGUGAGGCACCCCGGGCUGUGCUGGCGCAGGCGGCUGGGGACAGGAACAGGUGACCCGGCUGCCUUGAGCUACUCGCACCCCAGUGAAAGAAACGCAGGCACCCACCGGCUCUGCCUGGCCUGGUAACUGACUAGCUCCCUGCGGGGCUAGGGCUCGCUCCCCGGCAGAGCCCUGGGAGGGGUGCCCACCUCCCACCCCGCAUCCCCAGCGGGGCCCCUCCCAUGCGCUGGCGGCCUCGGGGCCGGGGGCUCCGGGCUAAAUGACCGUGGACUGCAGCAUGAGCAGUGGAUACUGCAGCCUGGACGAGGAGCUGGAAGAUUGCUUCUUCACGGCUAAGACCACCUUUUUCAGGAAUGCGCAGAGCAAACAUCCUUCAAAGAAUGUCUGUAAACCUGUGGAGGAGACGCGGCGCCCGCCCACACUGCAGGAGAUCAAGCAGAAGAUUGACAGCUACAACACACGGGAGAAGAACUGUCUGGGCAUGAAGCUGAGUGAAGAUGGCACCUACACAGGUUUCAUCAAAGUGCAUUUGAAACUGCGGCGGCCGGUGACCGUGCCUGCUGGGAUCCGGCCCCAGUCCAUCUAUGACGCCAUCAAGGAGGUGAACCUGGCAGCCACCACAGACAAGCGGACGUCCUUCUACCUGCCACUCGAUGCCAUCAAACAGCUCCACAUCAGCAGCACCACCACGGUCAGUGAGGUCAUCCAGGGGCUGCUCAAGAAGUUCAUGGUCGUGGACAAUCCCCAGAAGUUUGCACUUUUUAAGCGGAUCCACAAGGACGGACAAGUGCUCUUCCAGAAACUCUCCAUUGCUGACUGCCCCCUCUACCUGCGCCUCCUGGCCGGGCCUGACCCUGAGGUCCUCAGCUUUGUGCUAAAGGAGAAUGAAACUGGAGAGGUGGAGUGGGACGCCUUCUCCAUCCCUGAACUCCAGAACUUCCUAACAAUCCUGGAAAAAGAAGAGCAGGACAAAAUCCAACAAGUACAGAAGAAGUAUGACAAGUUUAGGCAGAAACUAGAGGAGGCCUUAAGAGAAUCCCAGGGCAAACCUGGGUAACCGGUCCUGCUUCCUCUCCUCCCAAUGUGCUCAGAUUUAUUGUUAUUAUUAUUAUUUUGCAAUAGACACUUUUUCUCAGGACACCUCUGGCGGGUGCGUCUGUGCUCACCCAGCUGUGGCACAGAGUCUCCUCCAUGGACAAGUGUUUGUGCAGGGGUUCAUUCCUGCCCGCCCCCACGCUGUGCCCCACCACAGACUCUGCCAAGGAUCAGAACUCGUGUGAAAUGAACAGCCUCUCUCAGUCUGCAAGCCUUUCACAAACCAAAUAGUUGCCUCUCGUCACCCAGCUGGAACCUCUCACACCAGCCGGCAAAGGAAGGAAGAAAAGUUUUAGAGUGCUACGUUCUUUCUCUGGCUUUGAUUCUUCUUCAGUUUCUCUUAUUUGCCACCCACAACACCUUUAUUUAUGAGUGAAAAGUUGUAGCAUAUUCCUUCAGUAGGUCUGAGCUAAGCCCCUGAAGGCAGGAUAAUGCUCAUAAAAGGACUGUCUCCACUGCCCCACAGUGCCCGCUGCUCAUGCUUAAGGGAGAGUUCGUAAAGCCACUGGCCCCGAUGCUCAGGGUAAGGUGCACCAGAGCCAAGGUGGGCUCAAAGAUUUCCAGAGAAGCUGCAGCCUGCCAGGGCCAUUGCCCUUAUGGCCCAAGAGACCGUGCACGUAUCAACCCAAAGGCAUAUAUCUGCGUGCAUGUGGUACUUUGUCACAUCUUUGUCAGCAGACUUUCUAAGUUACAAAUUUGAAUUUGAUAUCACCACCCUCGACAUGUGUUUCCACCAAGGGAAACCAGCCAUGUGCCAUUUAAAAAGUCUCCUGCUGAGUACAGAAAUCAGGCAGAUGGAGAAAGCCAAAAAGUGAUGCAGAGAAACACUUCCCAGCUAUCUUCAGCCUUCCCCCAACUAGAGAGCAGAGGAGGGCCUGGGCUGCCUGGGUUCCCCCCUCGGUCUCCAGCACUGCCUCCCUCUUCCCACUGGGACUCUGGAAUCUUCAGGUGCUGCCCAAGGAGUUGCCUUGAUUACAGAGGGGGGAUCCUCCAACUCGGUCAACUUGGAGUCCUUUCUGUUCUGAAGCACCGGCCAGCUGCUCAUGCACUCGCUCCAUGAGCCCAUGGGCUUGGCCUCCCUGUUGACCUCAGUGCCUUUUUGUUUUCAGAGAGAGAUAGGAGCAGAGCAUGGUUUGCCUGAAGCCCUGCCACUGGCUCGCGCCUGCUGUGAAGUGGACAACAGCAGUGUGGGAGACAGUGCCAGGGAAGCCCUCACUCCUUGUGUGGGUGAGGGCCACAGACCUCCUUCCCAUCUGGGUGAUGAGUGUUGACUUCCAAGAAGUGACAGCAGACCAUGAUGACAGGGAGGAUCAGAUUCCUGACUCUACAUUUGUACUGGCUUCUUGUUUAGGUUGAAUCUGAAAAAUCAAUUAGCCAAACAAUCCCAGCAAGUAGCCAGGACUGCAAAGACACUCCAGUGCAGAGGGAGAAGGACUUGUCAUUUUCAAAGCAGAGCUGGUUUCCCAAUCUAGCCUCUGAGAAACCAUUUCUUUGCUGUCCUCUGCCUUCCCAAGUCCCUCUUGGGUUGGUUCGAGCCCAGGCUUCUUCAUGUAGCCUCAGAAGUUCCCUCCCUGACCCAGGCUGAGUCCACACUGUCCCUGAUCCCAGAAGGAAUGCUGACCCCUUGUCCUAUGAACUGUGCGUAGUCUUCAGAGCUGCAAAAGCAACAUAAGCUCGCAACUCUGAGAUUUUUUUAAACCCCCAAAAUUGUGGUUAUUUGCCAUCUCAUGCUCAGCCUUAUCACUCCCCUCCUUAAAAACUCUCUUCCCCUGCUGUAUAUCAAAGGGAGCAGGUAGAGAGUCAUUUUCCUUCGUCCUGCAUGUCUCUAACGUUAAUAGAAGGCAUGGCUCCCGCUGCAACCGCUGUGAAUGCUGCUGAGAAUCGCCCUCUAUGGGGAUGGCUAUUUUAUUUUUGAGAAGGAAAAAACAAGUCAUAUAUAUAUAUAUGUGUGUGUGUGUGUGUGUGUGUGUGUG